UUUGUUGUUGUUGUUUUCGGUGCCGCGCGCCCUUCCGAAGUAUAAAUCAACCCAUCCGGCUGCACUGGAGCAAGCUUUUUCAUUCCAGUUCUGCCCUCGCUUCGGUGCGGAUCAUCACAACAACGCUUAGGCUUUAAAAAGUACGCAGGAGAGUUUAAAGUACGAACAAAAUAAUUAAAAGCCAGUUUUAUUGAACAUACGCAAACACACACAGUGAUCGGCUACUGUGUUUUGUUAAUACGGAGUGUGUGAUUCCAGUGAAAAAGGAAACGAAAGGUUGUUUUGCUGAAGCUGCUGUCUACUGCUCCGACGACGUGUGUGUGUGGCUGGCUCGUUUUUUCUUGAUAAACAAGAAUCGCACAAACCGAUAGGUGGGGAGGGGUCAGUACCUUCUGCUGUGCAGCCCGGAUUCGUCUUCGUCGAUCAUACCCACAACGGUGGUGGUAGUGUGUGGUCCAGCCGCAGCAUCUUGCGCCGUCAUAGCACAGAACAACAAAAGAAGGAGAAAAAAGGCAUCCAGCUUCAAGAACGGGACGGAGCCGAACGAGAAGAGGAUAGUUCAGCAGAUUGCUAGUUUUAUUAUUAUUGCGUCGGAAAUCGUCAACCACGCGUGUGUUGUUGUUGGUACCGCAAAGACACACCCUCUCCACUCCGCUCUACGCCAAACAUCGCACGCAGCUCACCAUGGACAACUUGCGAAAUCUGUUCGGGCAAGUGUCGGCCAUGACGUCAAUGAAGGCAACGGCGGCGAGCCCCUCACUGUCCUCGCCAUCCUCGAUGGGUGGCAGCGGUGGUGUGGGGGGCCGAGACCACCGAUCCGGUUCGGUCGGCGGUGGAGUCGGCGGCACGAUGGGAACUCAUAAAGCGGCCGAUCGGGACAGUUACUACUACAUCAUGUGGCGUUCCUAGUUCUACAAGGGGAGAGUGAUUAAAAUUCUACUUCAUAUCCUGUCUCAGUUUUCUUCGCUUCAAUCCCGGCGGCAUAGAGCUAGCUUGAAAAGUGUCGCGAUAUUCUUAUUAACCUUUCCAACGUACGUCUCACCUUCUGCUACAUUAUUUACACACCGCACCCGGCCACACAGGCUCAGGAUCAAAGGCUCGAAAAGGCUGCGCCGAUAGAGAGCGAGAUAAUAAUGACACUGUCGCUGCUAGGUGCCAACACGGCCUGGAUGGUCGCAAUCUGGGCCGGUUUGCUGCUCGUCUUCAGCCCGGUCCUGUUCGUAGUGAGCGUGUGUCUGCCGGAGCUGCCCUUACUGCUCAUUAGGCGCCUGCAUUACAUCCCGUUCGAUUCCGUUUGAUUGGCGACCGCAAUGGUUCCUCCCGGGAAAGGCGAAAGGGCCACAGAUAGAACCAAGCAGGGCAUCAAAUCCCCAAGUCCUACACAAAAGGAGAGAGAGGAUAGUGAUUAGAUGGUAGCUAGGAGUAGGACUUCUUCGAUUACUGUUGGAAUAUGAUCAGACUCGGGUAGCUUCUUCUCCUAUUGGAUUUCGGUCAAUUUUGGUGCCCUCUGCCCGCUACUAGGAAACGAAUAGGGGAAACCCACCACACGCCACCAAACGGCACUUCUCAGAGACUGCUUAUUUAUUCUAGUGAGAACACGAGACAAAAGAAAGGCUAAAUUAAUUUAUCGCAUAGAGUGUGAGGCAAGAUUUUGGGUCAGGAUUGAAUUGUGCCCAACAAAUAAGAUAGAUAGGCACACACACGCGAAAAAAUGUCGAUCUGUCACAAUGUGUGUGUGCGUUAGCAGACUUACCGUACGUACCUGUCGUCCCUUCUCCCCGGAGGCCAUUAGCCUAAUUAAACGUGAUAGAGCAACGGAGCGCCACUACUACAGCCUUGUUACUACUGCCUCUGGAUGCAGCGUCGCUGCCCCGCAAUUGUAAUCCGCAAUGGGUUGGGUAGAACAUAUCCCGGUGCUUUGAUUGCAGGAGGAUGCAGGAUAACCAGUGUUGUGUGUGUCUCCCCUGUGCGCUCUCGGCAUCACCGUGCAAGCACAUUGUCUGAUUAAUUUCUACAUUAGAAAGCGCAAACAUCGACAGCAACGCGAACGCGAGUAGAAGAAGUGCCUUAAACGAGAAGGGAAGAAUCUGAAAACUUUUGACUAUACAAACGAACGAUGAUGAUAUUUUGACACCAUAUUUUGUACAUUCUUUAUACCUAAGUAUUAUACCACAUUGUGUGUGCAAGUGCCGUUUUAAAUAAAGCGACCAUUUUAUACAACUUUUAA